GCUCUUUGACCUACUUCCACAUAUUACUAGUGAAGUGACCGGACAAGAGCGCCUACCAACCUGCUAAACUAUGUCGCGGGCUGCCGAAAGGCUCAAAUUGAUGAUGGGGCAUCUCGAUCGGACCCCAGCCGUGGUUGCAACACCGACGUCGGCUCAAAGCACCGCCCCUCACCCCCACAAUCUAAGAUACACACUCGACAAUGACCUGCUGAGGCCAGAAGAGCGGCUCUUCUAUGAGCAAAAUGGAUUUUUUGUUGUCAGGAAUCUUGUGGCCGACGAGGACAUUGACUUGUUCAGGAAGGAGUUUGAGCGCAUUUGUCAACGAAAAGUCAAUGUUCCCGGUCUGGUGGUUAUGAGAGACGUGGCCAUUUCCAAGUCGGAGUUUGUUCCCGAUCAGAAAGCCGUCACCAAACUCCAAGACUUCCAGGAGGAUCCCGAACUUUUCCGGUACUGCACCUUACCGCAGAUCUUGAAGUAUGUGGGCUGCUUCACAGGACCGAACAUCAUGGCUAUGCACACCAUGCUCAUCAACAAGCCUCCCGAUGCAGGAAAGAAAACGUCUCGCCACCCCAUGCAUCAGGAUCUGCAUUACUUCCCAUUCCGACCGGCCGACCGCAUCGUCUGCGCCUGGACGGCGUUGGAGCGGGUCAACAGGCAGAACGGAUGCCUGGUGGUCCUGCCGGGAACGCACACGGGCACGCUCAAGGAGCACGACUACCCAGAGUGGGAGGGUGGAGUGAACAAGAUGUACCACGGAGUGCGUGACUACAACCCAGACCAUCCCAGGAUCCACCUGGAGAUGGAGAAGGGCGACACGGUCUUCUUCCACCCGUUGCUGAUCCACGGUUCUGGAAUGAAUCAGACGGAAGGAUUCCGUAAGGCUAUCUCCUGCCACUACGCCAGUUCCGACUGCCAUUACAUCGACGUGAAGGGAACAUCGCAGGAAAAUAUUGAGAAUGAAGUGAAGGAGCUAGUGUCCAGGAAGUACUCCGGGACUGUCAGUCUCACCUUUCAGGACACUUGGGCUUUCCGAGGCCGCCUGGUACAGGGAGAGCGACGCGGACUUUGAGACAAGCCGACAAAAUUAUGUUUAAAUGAGCAAUCAGCUGCUGUGUUCACUUUACAAAAGAUAAUUGUGAUAAUUAGUCAUAAUUUGUGCACUUAAGCUUAACAUUGACUGACAGUUUUGACACUCGGGGAAAA